UGUAACAGUCAAAACAGAAACAAUGAAGCUACUAGUGACUAUUUCCAUCCUUAUUGCAGUAUGCAGUAGUGCACCACCAUCCAUGAUCCCAGGGGACAACAGCCACUAUGUAGAGGGUGUCAGUCGGUACGUCUGGAUGCCAGAUGGAGAAGACGUACCCCAUCUGGUAGACCUUGAAGAGCCUAUCGAUGAAGAUGUCUUAUAUGGCAGAAAUGGCGCAAAUAACCAAUACUGGCUGUUCACAAGACGCAAUCCCAACAAUGCCCAAAUCCUUCGCAACGGUAAUGCUGGCUCAGUCACUAACUCUAACUACGAUCGUAACCGUCCUCUGAAGGUCAUCGUCCACGGAUGGAACGGCGACGGAAAUUCCAAAGUCAACACUGCUGUCACCUCAGCUUUCUUAGCUGUUCAAGACUGCAACGUGAUUGUUGUGGACUGGCGCGAUCUAGCCAAUAGAAACUACGUGACCGCUGCAAACGGAGUACCCGGCGUCGGACAGUUCCUUGGCAACUUCUUGGUCUGGCUUAUCAACACUGCGGGCGGUAACUGGAAUAACGUCCAUUUGAUCGGCUUCAGUUUGGGCGCUCAUGUCGUGGGCAACGCCGGACGCACCGCAGGAGGAAGGCCAAGACGUGUCACCGGUCUCGAUCCCGCUGGUCCCAGGUGGGGUGGUAACUCCAACGCUCUGAACCGCAACGCUGGUGGAUACGUUGAAUGCAUUCACACCGACGGUGGACUCUUGGGCAUCUUCGACCCGAUUGGUCACACUGACUUCUAUCCCAACGGUGGUCGGAACGCCCAACCAGGAUGCUGGGUCAGCACUUGCUCCCACAGCCGUGCAUACGAUCUCUAUGCUUCCACUGUACGAACUGAUCACUUGGUUGGAAGACGAUGCAAUAACUUAAACGAGGCUAGAAAUGUACAGUGCUCUGGUUCAAAUCUGCGCAUGGGCAAUGGAGUCUUAAGCAAAUCUGGAUCUGGUCUUUACGGACUCCGAACUGGCGACAGAUGGCCGUACUAAAAACUGAAAAUAUUCUUAAUAAAUGACAAGUCAUAACUA